UCCUCCUUUGUACCCCGUGCUCGCUCGGUCUCACUCUCAUGCAUCCCCAAUUCGACGCCACGCCACCACAACCUCUUCAACGUCGGUGACUGCGACGGCGACGGCGACGGCGAUUUCCGACGUUCUUCUUCUUCUGCUAGGGGAAUCAGAACAAGAGCAGGGCAUGAUGGACCAGUGCUUGAUUGUGCACAUCCUGGGCAAGCAGCCGCAUGACCUUCACCACCAACCCACUGAGUCUGUUUUUGCUUCAGCCAUCAACCCUAAGCAUGCCAACCAAAUUGCAUUUGAAUCAGAUAGCACCACUUGAAGAUCUCCGUCAUGUGAAACGAAUUCAGAAGAAAUUUCUUGAAGGAGGUGGAUGGACAUCAUUGCUGAAACUCUUAACCCCCCCUCCCCACCCCACAUUAUUUGUGACGAAAAUUUGUCUUUUAAGAAAAUGAAAAAUUAGAGCUGUUUGCUUCAGUUUUAAAAAAAGUAAUUUUGUGAUUUGAGUUUUCUUCUAAAGGUACUAAUUUUGGUUUAUGAAAAAAAUAUCAAACUAUUUUUUUGCUAUUUUAAUUAAAACAAAAAUUCUUAAAAAAAAUCAUACAAACUAAUGAGUUAUGGCUAAUAGACCAAGUAUAUUCUGGUGACACGGGGAAUGUUUGACCGGACAAAUACAACUAUUGGUGAUCUUGUGUCUGGCCCCUGAAAGCAACAAUCAACUGGAUAAUAUGCCACCUCUUGUUCAGGAGUUGAUCAGUUCCUAUCAGUUGAGUCCUUUUAUCACAAAAGUGGGUCUAUGUUUAUUUUGGUAUUUUCUUACCUUAGUUAAUGCAUGCUUAGAUUAUGGUUUGAUCACAGGAAGGUAUGAGAUGAAAAAUAUAUGGCGAAUGUAUCUGUAUAUAUUUAUUUUGACAUUUAUUUCUAAACAAUUAUAACCAGUUUUGACUUGUUUUGGUUUGAUUAUUGUGAUUGUGAUGAAGCUUCAAAGGCAUCUGGUAUUUAUAGCAGGGUGGAUGGUCAGUAAUUUUUCAUUUCAUACAAUUCCAUAUUUUAGUCCAUGGUAAAAUACAACAUGAAUCAUUAAAAUAUAAUCUUGAAGCACCAGAAAUUUAUCUUCCAUUUUUUGUCUUGUAAGGCUCACUAAGUGCCUGUUUGUUUUAUCAGCAGUGUUGAAAAAAAUUGGGUUUGGGUGAUUAGAAUUGAUUUUUUUUAAUGCAAAUUCUGUUUUGGUAAUUUUUUUUAAAAAUUUUCAAACUCAAUUCUGCUGUGGGUAAAUCAGUUUUUGGAGAAGAGGAAGUCUUUAACUUUUCCAUUGGUUAGAAUUGGUGCUGGGUGUGGUACCGAAAAUUAUAUCUAAUCUAUGCUCAAAAAGCAAUUUUACUUUACCAACCAAACAAAACCAAUUAUGUUCAACUCCCUUUUAAACAUCAUACCCAAUCACAAAUCAAUUUUUUCAAAAAUCAUUUUUCCUAAAUUAUUUCUUCCAAAAUCAAUUUUACCAUAAUGUAAAACAAAUGGAUGAUUAAUUAUCAAUUUGAAUGAAACAACAAACCCUUUAUGUUGGAAAUCAUUACUUUAUGUGUGAAUGAAGUUUUAGUUUUUUGUGUUGAUCAAAUGAUGUGUGUACAUAGCUCUAGGUCUAUGUUCGUUAAAUGGCCAUCCAUUUGGUGGUCCACUAUCAAUCAAGAUUAUUGUGAGUUUUGGUUGGAAUCCUUUGAACUCUAGGUACUUAUUGUGUUUGCAUAAGUUAGUUCGUGCAUUAAAUUUGAAUUUAAUUUUUAGGUCUGCAAAUAUGCUGCCACAGCAAAAGAAGAGUGGCAAGAGCAAUGCAAAUUUUGGCCAACAUCAUAUCAUCCUAGGACUUAGUAGAAGAAAAACCGGUGUAGACUAGAGAGGAAAAAUUCUAGGGUUUGAGUUUCACAGUGAGAGAAGCUCGUGGUGUCGUGGAUUCCAUUUCCAGCUAGAAAUUAGAAUGGGGAAAAACCAGAAGACAGGGGUAGGAAGAGCGUUGGUGAAGCAGCACAAUCAACAGAGCAAGGAAAAUGGGCGUUUACAGAAGAAGAAUGUUCUCGAAUCGUUCACAGAGAUCAGCGACAUCGAUGCCAUAAUCGAACAAGCUGAACACCCUCAACAACCCCUCUUCUCCACCCCUCAGCGCCCCAUCAAUCUGGAUCUGAGCUCCAGCAUUGGCAAAAAUGAAAUGACACUUGAAGAAAUGAGGAAACAGCAGACGAGGGAGGAGGCCUUGCAUGCCAGCAGUCUUCGUGUUCCGCGCAGGCCACCUUGGAGAGCAUACAUGUCUGUCGAGGAGCUUGAUGACAAUGAAAGACAAGCUUUCUUAAUUUGGCGUCGCAGACUGGCAAGACUUGAGGAAAAUGAGAAUCUUGUCCUAACCCCGUUUGAGAAAAAUCUUGAUAUUUGGAGACAACUCUGGCGGGUUGUUGAGCGCAGUGAUUUGCUCGUUAUGGUUGUUGAUUCCCGAGAUCCACUAUUCUAUCGCUGUCCUGAUCUUGAGGCAUAUGCACGAGAGGUGGAUGAGCAUAAACGCACAUUGCUCUUGGUUAAUAAGGCAGAUCUUUUACCCGCUUCUGUCAGAGAGAAAUGGGUAGAGUAUUUUUGUGCUCAUAAUAUUCUAUAUAUCUUCUGGUCAGCUAAAGCUGCUUCAGCAGCUGUUGAAGGUAAAAUGCUUAGGUCACCAUUGGAAGCUGAUGAUUCAGGGAAGAACAAUAAUCCAGACACGAAGAUAUAUGACAGGGAUGAGCUUCUUGCACGGAUGCAGUCAGAGGCAGAAAAGAUAGUAGAGAUGAGGAGAAAUUCUAGCUCUGACACAGGGCCGUCUAACAUUCAAUCUUCUGGUGAAAAUGUUGGUGGUAGUUCCUCAUCAAAUAAUGUAAUUGUGGGAUUUGUUGGGUAUCCUAAUGUUGGCAAAAGUUCAACUAUUAAUGCUCUGGUUGGUAAAAAAAGGACAGGUGUCACCUCUACUCCAGGGAAGACAAAGCAUUUCCAAACAUUAAUUAUUUCUGACCAACUGACCCUUUGUGACUGUCCUGGAUUAGUUUUCCCAUCUUUCUCAAGCUCAAGGUAUAAGAUGAUUGCUUGUGGAGUGUUGCCUAUCGAUAGGAUGACUAAACAUAGGGAGGCUGUCCAAGUUGUAGCCGAUAAAGUUCCAAGACAUGUCAUUGAGGAGAUUUAUAAGAUCAGUCUACCAAAACCUAAGCCAUAUGAACCCCAAUCACGCCCCCCUCUGGCAUCUGAGCUUUUGAGAGCAUAUUGUGCUUCUCGUGGAUAUGUUACCGCUAGUGGACUGCCUGAUGAAACUAAAGCUGCUCGCCAGAUACUGAAAGAUUACAUUGAUGGGAAGCUGCCUCACCAUGAAAUGCCCCCAGGAAUGUCAAAUGUGGAACCAGACCCAGUUAACUUGCAUGGCUCUGUUUCAUCUGGUACUGAAGAUGUUGACAGCAAAGUUGCACCUGAUUUUGAGCAAGUGUUGGAUGACCUCAAUUCAUUUGACAUGGCUAAUGGACUUGUUUCAAAUGAAGUUACAAUCAAGAAGUCUGAUGCAUCUCAUAAUCACCAUAAGAAACCUCGGGAAAAAAGAUCGUUCUCAGAGAACAGAAAAUAAUGAUGCUGACGGGAUGCCAGUUGUAAAGUUCCUUCAGAAACCAUUAAACACAAGUCAUGUGAAGGUCUAAUAUGUUCAUACCCCUCGGAUAUCUGUACAGCAGACAACACCUGAUCUGUGAGUCCAGUAUGUACAUUGUUAGUCAAAGACUGAAUAAGUUAAAGUUAUAUAUAUACUUUGUAAUGCAUUGUAGAACUAAGUAGACAAUCACGAUGAGUAUAACACAAAAGUAUUUUGUAUUUACAGUGAUGAGGUAUUUUUAUUAUUAAUCUAUGUAAUAUAAGCUAAUGUUGUAUGCAUA